AACGUAAAAUGAAGACAGGUGUAAAUUGAUAUAGUGCUAGACAAUGCUUUGGGCCUGAGCGUGUGAAAUAGUCACGAUUUGAAAUUGAGUUUAUAUCGAGGUGAUUCGUGUGUGAAAGAGUAUUGAAUUUAUUGAGAGUUUUGGGGCAAUCUUUGGAGAUUCUAUUGUUGGAUUUAAAACGGAAAAUUGUCUCAUAUGUGAGUCUAUGGGGAUGUAUUGAGAUAGAGAGAUACCUUUCGAAUGUGGUGAUACUUUUUUUUUAUUCUCUUAAACGAUAAAAGAAGAAGUAUUGAAGCUGAUAAGAAAGCGACAGAGUCACUUGCAACUUAGGUGGAAAAUACAAAAGACAUUCACUUUCCCGCAUCAAUUGUAAAAAGUUGUGUAUUUUCUUACUCUCCAGCGGUAACUUUUCACUUGGUGUUUCUUGUGCACCAUUCACCAAAAGAAAAGCCACUCAGUGAAAAUCAUUUGAUAUUAGAGACAUUCCUAGGAUUUUCUAUAGUUUUUUUUUAUUUAUUUCUCAGUGAAAAAUGCCAUGUUUCUUUCGGUUUAACAGUUCCAAAGGAUAUGAUCUACCCCAGGUGAAUUCCCAGCAAAAUGGAAAACGUGACAGACCAAUUGAAAGAAUUAAGUCCUUUCAACCUCCACAAAAUGCAAUUUCUACACUGGAACAGCCUCAAUCAAGUACGAGUCGAGAUGACCACAAUCGGCAUAACCUGACCACAAUCAUGGUGAAUGGCAUGAAAUCUGAACCGGACGUGGCAACGCCCAAAAGUCCGGAAGAUGACAAACCCCCAAUGCCCCCAUUAGCAGUCUCCCCGCAGAUUUCCGCGAAGACAAAGUAUCCUGGAAAGAAAUCAGCAGCAUCAACCAAAAAACCAGCUCCAAUGCCAUCAAGAGGGAAUGAGUUGAAAGUGCCGGAGACCACUGGGACAAGCUUAAAUGUGGAUGAGAGAAAGGUAAAUUAUGUGACGGAGAGUGAAAAGAAUACCGUCGAGACCAAGAGUGAGACGUCCGGUGGGAGAGACAUCCGCACAAACGACCAGGAGGCAAUGAGGAAAACUCCUGAGUCAACACUGAGUCAAUCUGUGACGUCGGAGAUUCCAAUGAAUGGGGACAGGUCCUCAUCCUCCACAUAUACAGAGACACCGUCUGUUGGGCGGAAGCAUUCGAUAAAGUCCAAUGAUGGAAUGAAGCCAAAAGCAAGGAAGAGAUCUGGCGUGGAUGGUGGCAAAUUGGAACUGAAAGAUGUACAAAUUGAAACGUACCCUAAGGAUAAGAAGACCCUGGAUACCCUCAAGGAUGCUGUAAUGGCAAAUGACUUUCUCAAGAACAUUAUGGAUGCAGAAAGACUAGAUUUAAUUGUUAAUUGCAUGAUGCCAGGAAGUUCUAAAGCAGCCACUUUCAUUAUCACGGAAGGUGAUAUUGGUUUUUACCUCUACAUUUCCGACGAAGGAUCGUAUGAAGUGCUGAGAGAUGGGAAGUGGGUGAGUUCCUUUGGACCUGGUGUGGUCUUUGGGGAACUAGCUAUACUGUACAAGGCUAAGAGACUAGCAUCAAUUCGUGCCACAUCUGAUGUUCAGUACUGGAUGCUGGACAGGCAGGUCUUCCAGAAGAUAAUGAUUGAGACGGGCCGAAAGGAGCAGGAUGACAAUAUGCGUUUUCUGAGCUCAGUGUCCAUCUUCCGUGACAUUUCCAAGCCCAUUCUGUACAAGAUAUCCGACCUCCUACGGCGCGAGUUUUACAAGACAGGCUCAUAUAUCAUCAAGCAGGGCGAGAGAGGUGAUAAAUUCUACAUUAUACGAGGCGGAACUGUCACGGUGAAGAAGAAAGACAAUGAGGGGCGCUCGGUGACGGUGGGUGUUCUCAAGAGGGGUGACUACUUUGGGGAGAAAGCUCUACUUACCGAGGAGAGACGCCUCGCGAGUAUCAUUGCCAAUGAUCCGGGUACAGAAUGUUUGGCACUGGAUAAGGCAUCCUUCCUCAGUUUCAUCGGUCCUGUGGAAAGCCUUAAGCAGUCAUCUCAAGCCACUGAAGCCAUAAUACCCCCAACCACCGUGGUGAAGUCAGAAUUCAGCCAUGUGGCAUUAGAUGAGUUGGAACUGGUGGGAACACUGGGUGUUGGUGGAUUUGGGCGUGUGGAGCUGGUUCAGUAUCGCAACAGAGAGACUUUUGCCCUCAAGUAUCUCAAGAAAAUCGAUAUGGUGCAGCAGCAGCAGCAGGAGCACGUAUACAAUGAGAAGAAUAUUAUGGCACAGUGCAAUUGUGAGUUCAUCAUAAAACUCUAUGCCACGUUUAAGGACAACAAGUACCUUUACUUCCUAAUGGAACCCUGUUUGGGCGGUGAUUUGUGGGGCUUGCUGCAGAAGCAUAGACGAUUUGAUGAGAAAAUCAGUAGAUUCUUCACGGCAUGUGUUGUGGCUGCUUUUGAGUACCUCCAUACACGCAAUAUCGUGUAUAGGGACUUGAAGCCUGAGAACCUCAUGCUGGAUGCCAAGGGAUAUGUCAAGUUGAUUGAUUUUGGUUUUGCUAAAAUAAUCGGUCAUGCCCAGAAGACGUGGACUUUCGCCGGGACACCUGAAUAUGUAGCUCCAGAAAUUAUUCUCAACAAGGGUCAUGAUAGAGCUGUGGACUACUGGGCUCUUGGUAUCUUCAUUCAUGAGCUGUUGGUGGGAAAACCACCUUUCCGUGGAAAGGGUCACCUCAAAACCUACACAUUAAUCCUACGCGGAAUAGAGUCCGUAGAUAUGCCCAGUCGUAUACCCAAGAAAGCUCAGGACCUCAUUAAAAGGCUCUGUCGACAAAUUCCAGCUGCAAGAUUGGGCUACCAGAAGCAGGGUAUUGCAGAUAUUAAGACCCAUACUUGGUUCAACAAGUUCGAAUGGGAUAAACUUAAGAACAAGACUAUGGUGGCACCACUAAUUCAACCUGUUCGGAGCCUAACCGACCUCUCCAACUUCGAUGAAUGCCCUUCAGAUCGCGAUGAACCCCAAGAUGAGACUUCGGGCUGGGACAGAGACUUCUAAUCCCAUGCUCAAAAUCAAUAAUCUUGAUCCCUCUUGCAGUCUUUUCAAUAUGCUCCCAGCUUAAGAAUGACUGAUAGGGAAACCACCUCGUGUGAAUGUUUUUUUUUUACAUCAAUGAUUAUUUUUUUUAUCAAUAUAGUAAAUUAGUAUUUAA